AUGUCCACGUCAACAACUCGCUUUUGCACCGACUAUGGUAAACGUGUGGCGAAAUGCCAAAAAUGUAAAAUGCAACUCGAAAAGGGGUCUCUUCGUCUUGGAAAAAUCGUUCCCAAUUUUUUCUUGGCCCAGAAAGACGACAGCAAACCGCCACCGGAUAUGAAACAAUAUUUUCAUAAGAAUUGCCUUUUCGAGAUGUUAUUCAAGGCUCGUGCAACCACAAAAGUUAUCGAAUCGACAGAAGACCUCGAAGGGUUCGAUGAUUUGAAUGCGGAAGAUCAGGAUGAUAUUAAGAAGCUAAUUGGAGAGCUAAUGGAGAAGAGAAGCAAAGAUGGCGAUGUUGUGAAGACGCCGAAAAAUGCGAAGAAGCCGCCGAAAAAAAGUGAUGAGACGGAAGAAACGAUGGCAAAAAAACCUGAAAAGCGUAAAAUUGACGAAGCGAAGCCACGAGAAUUCGACGAGACAUCGAAAUAUAAUUCGUUAUACAAAUUUUCCAAAGCUUGCGAGGUUAUUGGAUCCCUUGACUCCUCGAAAGAAAAGAAAGCGGCGAUUAAUGCAAUGGUCUCGAAAGACGAUUUUGAUGGCGACCUUCGCGUUUGGUUGGUUCUUCUUCUUCGCGAGAAAGACGAAAACGAUUAUCAUGUCAAUGAGGAGAAUUUGAAAAAAUAUUUUGCCAAGAUUCUGAACACUGAAGAAGAUGAAUUGGAAGCUGGUGAUAAUGGGGAUUUGAGUCAAAAAAUUCGCGAAAAAGUUGAAAGUAUUCGAAAAAAUGGCAAAAGUGACUGGAGCAUUCAAAAAGCAUUACGAUAUCUGGAAAAACUCGCAACAAUUUCUGAUGAUGAUCAAAGGCAAUCGCAUUUUAAAUUUGCCACAAAAAGAUUGAGCCCCAUCGAGCUUCAAUGUCUUAUUCGACUUUCACUAAAAGAUUUACACACUAACCUGACUGUUCGUGAAGCAUUUGAUGCUAUUCAUCCAAACUGUUUUAAAUUUUACGAGAAAAAUGGCGAAAAUAUUGAGAAAACCGUAGAAAAGUAUUACGCGGGAGCACUAGAGGAGCCGAAAGCGAAAAAAUCGAGUGAGCCGCCAUCGAAAAAAUCGCGAAAACCCAAAAAAGAAGAAUCCGAUGACAGCGAAGCAAUGUCUGAGUCUGAAGAGGAAAGUUUUGUGAGUGAUGAUGAUGAUGACGUCGAUUCCGACGCUGAUUCUGAUGAUUUGGUUUCCGACGGCUCCAGUGAAGACGUGAGCAGCAGCAGUAGUUCGGAAGACGAUGACAAUUUCGAGAAAGCUCGCGAGAAACUGAAAGUGCCACGUGGCACUCGGUCGAGACCUCUCAGUAACAAAAAUACGGAGGAAAAGUGCCCGCCUGGAAUGACUGCAUGCUGGUAUGGUGCUCAAUGUUAUCGUAAAAAUCCGGAACACAAGCAAGAAUAUUGGCAUCCCACUGCGAGCAAAUAA